AUGGGCUACGACGCACACGAAGAUACGUACGCGACAUCGUGCGAUGAGUUUUCCGAUUCGGAGAGCGAACUGUCGAGUGUGGAGCAGCUGUUCAAAGGCUACGAGCCGUCGUUGAUUGUGUUGGAUGGUUCGGAUCAUGCUCUGUUUACGCAGAUUGAACAACUGAUUGACUGUCUUCGAGCUUCCAAACUGAUUCAGCAAGUCCGUGUCUCGACUGCCUUUUUGCAGGGUCUUGACAACACGGAAGACAACAACAACAACAAAAAGUGCGAAGAGACUCAUGCGCUGUUUGCGGCCAUUGCCGGUCUUCAUCCCAUUUGCGAGACAUUUAUUUGCCAUUUGCACCGUCACUUGGCUCGUGAUGUCAUUCAGGAAAAGGACGGUGGAUUGUGGACGUGUGCCAAGACGAUGCAGCGAUUGACGCUCAACAACUUUUUACUGACCGACGAUCUAAUCGUCGCUUUGGGUCAAAAUGAAGAAUUGACGGAACUCCGUGCCUAUUUCGAUAGUGGCUCUAAAAGCAAAGAUGCCGAGGCUGCUGCUGCGGAAGACAAACGAGGCCUCGAUCCACUCUUUCUAGCAUUGUCCAAAUCUCCUCGUCUGCAAAUGUUGGAUGUCUACGCCAAGGAAGACGAACGACCCGAAAAGCCCCGUCGCCUGACCGCCGCAGCCUUGACGGCGCUCUGUCAAAACCCAACGCUGCAGGAAGUCAAAUUGUGGCAUUUGGAUACCGAUCUCACCAUUGCCAUGGCCAAGGCGCUGGAAACCGACAAAACACUCAAGCGAAUCAGCUUGAAUGCCUGCUUUGUCAAGAACGAAGGAUACUCUGCCAUGGCCCAAAUGCUCACGGUCAACACUGCCUUGGAGAAAAUACACAUUAGCGACAUUGUCAGUGCCGAUUCUUGCAUUGAGCUAGCAAAGGCUCUAGAGAGCAAUAACACCUUGAAAGAAUUGGAGCUCACAUACGAGUCCGAAAGCAACAAAGUCCUACAGGCCAUGGUCGAAAUGCUCGAAAAGAACACUACCUUGCAGCAAUUGAAACUAUACAUGAGCUACUCAUUCGAAAAUGACAUGUCCUUCUCGGCGGAAAAGGGAACCGAGUACGAAGAAUCACAGGCUGCCGAUGACUGGGAACUCAAACUGGACGCAUUGUUGGAGCAAAAUCGCAAGGGAUUACGGUAG